CCUCCCUCAGAGACGUAAUCAGUGCGGAACUGUGUAAUCUUUGGCAAUUUAACCACCCUAUAAGAGGACUUGGAUUAUGAAUUUAUUAAUGAAGAAGGAUAUAGAAACUAGAAAAUGAAUAGAUUAGGACAACUACCAUCUUUAGGAACCUCUGGGAGCAUAAAUGCAACACCUGCAGAUUUCCUCCUUGCCAACUAUGUUUCGGGAAUGCAAAUCAAUGGACGGAUGUCCACAGUGCGUCGCUUCUUCUGUCUCUUCGUCACCUUUGAUCUGCUUUUUACGUGCCUCUUCUGGAUCAUCUGUAUCUUGAUCAAUGGAGAAAAUCUUGUCAAGGCCCUUGAGGAAGAAGUGGAGCAUUAUAGUAUCAAGACCUCAAUAUUUGAUAUUGUGAUGACGGCUGCAAUCAGGUUUACAGUAUUAUUGCUGUUCUAUGCCCUGCUGCACAUAAACCACUGGUGGCUUGUUGCUCUUACAACAGCAGGGAGCUGUGCUUUCCUCAUAGCUAAGACAUUACUUUAUACGUGGCAAACGGAAAACAGCCGUCCAUUUGAAGUGAUGCUAGUCCUAAUAUCAUUUCUUAUUGCCUGGGCUGAAGCUUGGUUUAUUGACUUCAGGGUUUUACCACAAGAGGCUCGUGCUCGGUCAAUUCUGGAAGCUGCUGCAGGCAGCAGUGAACACAUGGAGAAUGAUCCACUAUUACCACAGUUGGAGCGUGUAAGGGACUACCUCAGUCAUUAUACUGAGACUGUUGGUGACUUCUACUCGCCCAUGGAAUCACCCUUAGGAUCUGAUGACGAUGAUGAUGGUUUUACUCGUACGGAUUACAGGAAAUUAUCUCCAGAAGAAAAACAAAUGCAAGCCAGUGGUUAUGAUGCCUUGCAAAAAGCCUGGGAGACUGUAAACUCUCCUGGCUGGAAGGUAGAAAAGGAAACUUCACAUGGAGACACAGUUUCCUCCAAAGUGGGACCUAAAGGAUCAAAAAUAUAUAAACUUGUGGGUAUGGUGGAGGUAGAGCCAAAGACCUUGUUUAAUGAGAUGCUCUUCAACUUCGAAAAUAUUCCAACAUGGAAUAAAGCAAUAACACUAGGUAGAGUUGUACAGACUAUAGAUAGUUGCACAGAUGUGGUGUACCAGGUUGCUGCAGAAGGACCAGGAGGCGUAGUAUCUGCAAGAGAUUUUGUGAAUGUGCGACACUGGAAGAAAAUUGGCGAUUGCUGGGUCUCUGCAAAUGUCUCUGUUGUUCAUAAAGAUGAACCACCACAAAAGAGUAUAGUACGGGGUGAGAAUGGACCAGGCUGUUGGGUGUUUAGCCCAGUUGCAGGUGCUCCAAAGAAAUGUUCCUUUCAGUGGUUGCUGGACACAGAUCUCAAGGGCUGGAUCCCUCAAUAUGUUAUUGACCAGGCUCUUACAUUCGCCAUGACAGACUUCCUGCAAUGCUUACGGAAUUAUGCACCGCAUAUCUCUGCAAGUAAAUGUGAAAGAUAUAGUGCUAGAUAAGUUGUGUAGAUAUUCAGCACUACUGACCAUUAUUUUACUCAUGAUGUCACACGUCUCAUCAUUGUUAAAGAUGUAGGUAAGUCUUGAUUAUAGGAUUAAACAUUUGUAGAAAUAUCAUCGCUACUUGUUUAUUUGUAUAUUGUCAGUUUUGUUUAAUGUUGUGAUAUAAUUUCCUUUGAAGGGAAGGAAUUGUUGAUUAACUAUACCUCUUAAUGAAGGUUGAUAGGACAUCUCUUGUUGAUGAAUAUGUUAAUGUAAUUAUAAUUAUAACCAAAAGACAAUAUCACAUUGUUGUGAGAUGGUAGUACACAGGGAAAAAUGUCCUUGGAAUUCCUUUAUUCCUAAGCUUCUUGUAGUCAAGGCCUAUGGCUUAGAAAAAAAAAUCUUUUUUUUUUUACCAUAAUUAGUAUCAGUUGAAAAAUAAUUGCAUGAAUUAUACAGACAAACACUUUUUAUGAUUGGUCUCAUAAAACCAGAUCAGUUAGACUUUCAUCUUCAUGAUGCUCAGUAUAUUAUCUCCAGGGACACAAACAUUUUUAGUUGAAGAUGAAUACUCAUAGUUUUUAGAUGUAGAAAGCCAACUUUAUUUCUUAUCAUGAGAAAGCUGCUUGUUGGUGAGAAGUCUUUUAUUUACCUGGCUGUGAAGCAAUGUUGGGAGGGUAUUCUGUGACUGAUGCUUAGUCUUAUCUAUAUAAGCUGUAUCUUUUAAGAGAAAAUAAACUGUACAGAUUGAUAAGUGAUCUUGUUCGGUUGUGUUUAACACCAUUCAGGGAGGUUUAGGAUACCUAUCAGAGUGGAGUUAUUCAGAUGCUAGAUAUUCAGAUAUUAAGGCUGUAGUUAGAGGCUUUUAAAUAUCAAGUGAAAGCCCAGGGAUUACCUAUAGAGGCAUAAACUGGGACAAAAAUUUUCAGUGGUGUUGCGUAUGACCAUGUCUGAUUUUUCGUUGCUGUGGAAGUUGUUGAUAUAGGCAGUAGCUUUUAUCAUUUGUUUCUGUAAUUUCCAUACAUAUUGAUAUACAAAGUAGUAUGUAAAUUUGCUGUAAAGUAUGAUAGACUUUAUUUUUCUUAUUCUUUUUUUCUCUGUGAAAAGAGAUUUUUCAUUUUUGAUCUGAACAUAUACAUGUAUGAAUGUGUAUUUUGAUAUCCUUAUGACUCUUGAGUUGAUAGUUUGCAUAUGAAAUCUUUUAAAGUGCUAAAGUUUAUACAUUAACCAGUCACUUCUGUUGGAUUGAUUUAAGUGCCUCUAUCUGAGUGAUGUAUAUAAAGCUAAGUAUUAGCAGUUGGAGAUUGUACAAGUGAACCUGUUGUGCUUAAUCUUCUUAUAUGGAGGAUUAAACUGUGGAUUCUGUCAGUAUUCUUCUGAAUUGUAAAUAAAUUUACGAUAUAUUUACAGGUCUCCCUCUCUUUACACUUUUUAUUCAGAUAUGCUACAGUGGCCCAUUUAAUGCAACAAGAAAGUAAUGCAAUAAGGUGUGAAGUCAAUGACACAGCUGUUUGCCCUUUUUAUGUGUGUGUUUGUUCUUCCAGCAUUUAGAGCUCCCUCUCUAGUUGCUAUGGAGGAGAGUUAUGCAGUAUGUAAUAAUAGUUCGUUAUGCAUGUGGAAAUUUAGAGCGUGUAUGGUUCGACCAUCAGUACUUCACCAUUUACUAUUGUACUAUUGGUUGUAGGAGUCUAAAAGUGAUAAUGGUUAUAUAACUCGACUGCAAUGCAAAAGUGAUCCUACCAACAGAAGUGCCCCAUUAUCGUCAGAUUGGCUCUUGAACAAACAAUUUGAUUUCACCGGGAUGAACCAGUGUGAGAUAAAAACAGAACAGAGCUGUGUCUUAAUGUGGUGAAUGUAUUCUGUAUCCAGUCUUUCUUACAUAUUCAAGGUUCUGUGGAUAUAGUAAGAUUGCUUGAAUAAAAAAUAGAUAAUGAAUUGAUUACUUGGUACUCACAACAGCUAUUCUGCACGCAUAGACAACAAAAGUUUGGAAAUGAUAUAAAGUAUUCAGGAAUUAUUCCCAAGGUUAACAUACAGACAUUUUCAUUUUCAGAUUUUUAUAUUGCAAGUUUUAAAAUAAUCGCUAUCACUACAACUAGAAGCCUUAAACUAUCAUGUGUGGAUGUGAGUGUUCAAAUGUUGUACAGUUGAUAGUUUAACAGGAGCAUUUUAUUAUCUGCAAGAAAUCCUGCUACUUGUCAGAAGAAUGUUUUCAACACCACUUUCUGGAAUAUGUUAUCACAUACCGGCUUCUUGCUACACUAAUAUUAACUAAAAGACUAUCCAGUUUGAAUGAUGAGCCUUCUGGUAAUGGAAGCUGGAAUGUGAUGGGCAGUGUGUGAAGUAGAGGGAACAGACUUUAUCGGAACUUACUGCAGAUUAUAGUACUGAUGUGAGACACUAAUCAGGUUAUACUAGUAAAAUUAUAUUCACUGUGGGUUGUCUUGUUACAGAUAUGUUUCCAAAAGUUGCUAUGCAAAAAUAAUCAAAGAAAUACAAUUCCAAGAUUUUUUUUGUUUCAAAGCUUUGUAUGGUUUCUGAAACAUAAACAAAAACAAAAAACAACAAGAAUGUUAAACAAUCUGAAAAUUCUUUCACUCAUCUUCCAGCUGGUGCUAGCAUAUGUAUAGGACUUUGGUUUUGCUAUUUAAAUUUUUUUGUCACUUAUUUAGUAUGUAUUUCACAUUGCAUAUAUCGUAUGUGGAAUCACCAGAAAUAAUAUAUAAAGCAUUUUCUUUACAUUCUUAGAAAAGACUUUUCUUCCAUUUGUGAUUUUUGUGAAAAUUUGGAUGCAGAAUAUUUGAAGAAAACACUGUAUUCAUAUGUGUAUGUUUGCAAGUAUGCAGUGUGUGUGCUGAUGCAGAUUUGUACAGUGACAAGAUACACUAUAAUUAUGUUUGAUGUAAAAGCUUUAAUAGAUAUAAUUGCUUCUUUAUGAAAUCAGAAGGGCUUAAACUAUUUUCUGACUUAUUUAUGCAAAGGUAAAAGCUGAAUGGUAUCUUACAGGCAUUCCAUGUGUGAGUUCAUUAAACACAGAAUUUGGCAGAUCAUUCAUUGUCUGGUUAUUAUAAAUUGAGGAAAUUGUAACAAUUUGUAUGCAAGAAAAUUCAUGGGUAUAAUUAUUAAAGAAAUCAAUAAAUCACUACCUUGAUUA